ACUAGAGUCGGAAAAAAAAAAAGUGUGGUGAGAUGAAGAGGCGCUGAAAGUCCGGGCGCACAGAGCCAGUGCCACAGCUCUCCAAACUCCAAAGCAAACCACGCUUAGAUACAAACUGAGACGAAAAUGAACAGUUUGUGCUGCUAUCAAAGCACUUCGCUUUCUGCUUUUGCUGAGGACAUGGCACUAUAGGAAAGAGAGCGGGGAUGUCCGUUACGCACUGGUGUCUGUACUUCACACUGGAUCGCUGUGGUUUGUAAUACCCGGGGACGUGAUCGUGUUUGCACUAGGAGGUGUCCCAACACAACAUCGAGCUCAGAUCGGACUGUCAGACUGGAUGUACAGCUGCGCUAUGUGUGGCCACUGUUACUGGUGCGGUGCGCAAUCAGCGCGCAAAGGAUUUACCCAGGAAACCGAGAUGUCCAGCAGUUUAUAACAAAGUUACAACACUGUUAAAAAGGGACCACAAUAAAAGCCACGAUGACCUUCUUAAGUUUUUGGAUAUUGUUUCCUCUUCUGGAUGUACUACACAUGUCAGUAUGUGCUGAGCUGGCGCAGACUCGAGCAUCACGGCUGGACUGUGUCCGGGCUCAUGAGCAGUGCCUGGGCCGUUAUGGCUGCAGCUCAGCUUUCCGCACAAUGAGGCAGUGUUUGGCGGGUACAGGGGGCAACUUCAGUGCACUAACUGAGCCCGAGGCACAAGACGAGUGCAGGAAUGCCAUGGAGUCCAUGAGACAGAGCUUUCUAUAUAACUGCAAAUGCAAGAGAGGCAUGAAGAAAGAGAAGAAGUGCCUGCGCAUCUUUUGGAGUGUCUAUCACAGUUUACAGGGCAAUGAUUUGCUGGAGGACUCUCCAUACGAGCCAGUGAACAGCCGUCUGUCUGACAUAUUCCGCCUGGCCCCCAUCAUAUCAGGCAAGCCUGCUGUGACCAAGGACAACAACUGCCUGAAUGCAGCCAAGGCCUGCAACCUGAAUGACACGUGUAAGAAAUAUCGCUCAGCCUACAUCAGCCCAUGCACCAACAGGGUGUCCACCACUGAGGUGUGCAACAAGCGCAAGUGUCACAAAGCCCUGCGCCAGUUCUUCGACAAGGUGCCAGCCAAGCACAGCUAUGGCAUGCUUUUCUGCUCUUGUCCGUCUGGAGAGCACUCAGCGUGCUCAGAGCGCAGACGCCAGACCAUCGUGCCAGCAUGCUCCUAUGAGGACAAGGACAAGCCCAACUGUCUGUCCCUGCAAGCCUCCUGCAAGACCAACUAUAUUUGCAGGUCUCGCCUGGCUGACUUCUUUACCAACUGCCAGCCAGAGGCUCGUUCGAUAUCCGGCUGCCUGAAGGAGAGCUAUGCUGACUGUCUUCUGGCUUACUCUGGCCUUAUAGGUACAGUGAUGACCCCGAAUUACCUGCGAUCAAGCAUCAGCGUGUCUCCCUGGUGUGACUGCACCAGCAGCGGCAACGGGAAGCCUGAGUGUGACAAGUUCUCUGAAUUCUUCACUAACAACCGCUGUCUCCGUAAUGCUAUCCAGGCAUUCGGGAAUGGUACAGAUGUUGGUGUGUGGCAGCCUCAGCCACCAAUCCAACCAACCGGUCAUUCCAGCACUCCUCAGAGAGGACAGGAGAGGACACUUAAUGGACUGGAUGUCUCAGCUUUUGCUAAUGAACUCGACUCUAGCAAUGGUCACCACCUCUACAGCCUCUGUGGAAACCUCCAGCCACAGAAGCUGAAGGUGAACAUCACAGCAGAUGCUGUAUGUGUGGACCCUCCUCUGGCUGACCCAAGUAGCUUCAAUGCUAGAUCAGGAAGCUCAUCCAGCCUCGUCCACUCAUUCACCGUCCUCUUUGUUCUCCAGCUCUUGAAUUUGUAGCUGCUCUCAGUUCCAGACUGCUCCUGUACCAUACUCACAGCUCCUCCUAACGCAUACAAUCCUGUACCAAGUGUGAUGUCUAGAUGUGCUCAAGCCAGUUUUCUUUUAGAUUCCUGAUGGACUAAAAUGGAGACAGUGUUACUGACAUGGAAAUAAAAAAAGAAAGAAAAGAAAAAGAGAAACAUGGACACCUUUGUCAGUAUUUUUAAUCUCAGUGUGGUAACUUGUGUUGGAAAUUAUAUUUUUGUUUUGAACGUUUAUCUAUCCAUGGUGUUGAAAAGGAGUUACAGAGAAAAAUAAGGAUGAGUAAAUGCAUUAACAUGGACCCCCCCCAAUGCAGCAAGUCCGUUUUGGCUAAUGGGAAAAGACUACAAUUUACAGAUGUUAAUUUUCCUAGAGACAAGCUUGUAAACUCUUGCGCUCAGCUGUCCAUGCCACAGCCAAAAUCCCACAUCUCUCAGAAAAGCAUCUGCUGUCUAAUCCACACCAUUAGCUCUUUCAACAUGAGCAGUCGUGGUUUCCCCGUGUGUCUCCAGCAUGGCCCUGAUACAGACUGAGCCUUAGGGCAAAAGCAUGAGAUAGAAAAAACCCUCCAGGACUCUUUUGCAAACAAGGGAACUUUUGUUGCUCAAUGUUGCUCAAGCACGACUGCAAAGACCAAAUGUUCAGCAUCUAUCUCUUUUUUUUUUUUUGAGCAGAAACAUUUGUCAACUCUGCUUUUAAAAUGUCACUUUUUGUUUAGAAUGGCUUUUAAUUUACCACAUUUAUGACAUAAUAUGACCACUGCUGGAUAAAAUAUCACCUGAUGUGUUUUAACUGUGUACAUUAAUGUUAAAUAGGAAGCAAAACAGAGACAAAGAUUUAAAUGUUAACAGCCAUUGAAUUCGUAAUAAUGAAUUGACCUCAAGCUUUGAUGUGCACUCCGAGAUGCUUUUCUGAUCACCAUAGUUGGAAAGACUGGUUAUUUGAAUUUGUGUAGCCUUCCUGUGAGCUCGAACCAGUCUAGCCAUUUUGUUUUCUCUCCUCAUCUCUCUCAACAACUGGUUGUUUUGGAGUCUUUAAAAAAAAAAAAAAAAAGCAUUCUGUGUAAAAUCUAGAGACUGUUGUGGGAGCUCAGCAGUUCCAGAAAUACUCAACCAACCAUGUUGCAGUCAGUCACUGAGAUCAAAUAUUUUCUACAUUCUGAUGUUUGAUGUGAACAUUACCAAAAAAAAUGAAGCUUUUGACCAUUAUCUUUCUGAUUUUAUGCAUUGCACUGCUGCCAAAUUUUUUUGAUUGACCAGUUUGGUAUAUGCAUGAAUAUGCAGGUGUACAGGUUUUGCUAAUAAAGUGGAUGGUGAGUGGUGUAUAAAAAAAAUUUAUUAGGAAUUCAAUUUCUUUUAACACUCAAAUCUUUAGGUCUCUUUUUUGCUUCUGUAUUAACUCAAAUCAAAUGUCAUCACACAAAAGGGUGAUGAAUCCAAUCUAAAGCACCCCUAUGUAUAAUGUGCUGUAAAAUAAGUAAACAUGGUUUCUCUCUCUUUUUGAUGAGGUGUUAAAAAAACAAAUCAGCAUUGUUGUGGUACCGUGAACUGUUAAGAGAAAAAAAUAAUAAAAUAGAAUAAAUACACAUGUAUAAUAGGGCUGUAAGUAGUGAUAC